UGGGGAGAAGGGUGAGGGAAUGCUCGGACAAAAUAGCCCUUUGUGGGAAGCCCUGGAGGCACCCAGAACUUUGGAGGAACAGGUUGUUGGAAUGGGGUGGCCAGGGAUGGAGGUGGGGGAGUGGGCCUGAAUGGGUUAUAGGGGCUGAGUGGAGCAGGAGAGACCCACAUGCACACCCCUUCAUUGGCCUUAUGGUUGGAGGGAGGCUUUAUUCCCCACUCCAGGGUGGAUGAGAGAGGAGUGGAGACGUGCAGAAAGCUCUGGCAUGGGAGUGAGCCCCCUGCACCAGUGGAGAAGACUCCCCUGCCACCAGGCCUCAUCCCUGUGGGAGCACCCUUACAGCAUAGGCUUGUUUGGGGCAUUGUUUCCUGCCCUGGUCUCCUGGUCAGAGCCCAGAGGGGGUAUUAGGUGUGGAGCUGGGCUCUGAGGUGCCAGCAGCUGGUCUCAGCCCUGCUCCGUGUCCUUCCCUCAGCAUUCCCAGCAGCUGAAGCGUGCUGCACGGCUGGCCCCAGCUCCGUGCCGCUGGAACUCCGGGCUGCCCAUGAACAUCGGGGUGCUCUUUGUGCCACAGCAGGAGGCCUGGGUGGUGGAGAGGAUGGGCAAGUUCCACCGAAUCCUCGAGCCUGGUCUGAACUUCCUCAUCCCUCUCCUGGAUCGGAUUCGCUAUGUCCAGAGUCUCAAAGAAAUCGUCAUUAAUGUCCCAGAGCAGUCAGCUGUCACACUGGAUAACGUCACCCUGCAGAUCGAUGGUGUGCUCUACUUGCGGGUUAUGGAUCCCUACAAGGCCAGCUAUGGGGUGGAAGAUCCUGAGUACGCAGUGACCCAGCUGGCCCAGACUACCAUGAGAUCUGAACUUGGCAAGCUUUCCCUUGACAGAGUCUUCCGGGAGCGGGAGUCCCUCAAUGCCAGCAUCGUGGAUGCCAUCAACCAGGCUUCAGACUGCUGGGGCAUCCGGUGUCUGCGCUACGAGAUCAAGGACAUUCAUGUGCCCCCACGUGUGAAGGAGUCCAUGCAGAUGCAGGUGGAAGCAGAACGACGGAAGCGAGCAACAGUGCUGGAGUCAGAGGGGACAAGGGAAUCAGCUAUCAAUGUGGCUGAAGGCCAGAAGCAGGCCCAGAUCUUGGCAUCAGAAGCUGAGAAGGCCGAACAAAUCAACAAAGCUGCUGGAGAAGCCAACGCCAUGCUGGUCAAGGCCAGAGCCAAGGCAGAGGCAAUUCAGCUCCUAGCAGCUGCUCUGGCACAGCAGCACGGCAAUGCUGCUGCCUCCCUGUCUGUGGCGGAGCAGUACGUGAACGCUUUCUCCAAGAUUGCCAAAGACUCCAACACCGUUCUGCUGCCCGCCAACACCGGCGAUGUCACCAACAUGGUCGCACAGGCCCUGGGGAUCUACACCACACUGACCAAGCCACAAGCUGUGAAGACCCAAGAUGAGAUGCCUCCAGCCCACGAGGACUCCCACUCUUCUGCCACAGAGGUGCUGAAGGCAGAACAGGGCAGCUCCAGCUAACAGGGCUGGAAGGAUCUCAUACCCUCUCCUGAGGCCUGCCAGCAGUCCUGUUCUGCUGCAGGCAGCCGCUCUUGUUCCCUUAGUCCCUAUUUUGUAUUGGAUUUAAAUCAUGUAAUAAAUGGUAACAGUGCUGCUGCA